AUGCAUCACCCCACACUGUUCGCGGCUGGCGCUGCCGUUCUAUCGGCUUUACCUGGCGCCCAAGCUGGCAUGUAUCCCAAGAGCUCUGCUGUGCUCCAGGUUGAUGCCAAAAAUUACGACAGCCUGAUUGCCAAGUCCAACUACACUUCGAUUGUUGAGUUCUACGCUCCCUGGUGCGGUCACUGCCAGAACCUCAAGCCUGCCUACGAAAAGGCUGCCAAGAACCUUAAUGGACUGGCCAAGGUCGCUGCCAUCGACUGCGACGAGGAUGCCAACAAGCCUCUCUGCGGCCAGAUGGGUGUUCAGGGCUUCCCUACCCUCAAGAUUGUGAGGCCUGGCAAGAAGCCCGGCAAGCCCGUUGUCGAGGAUUACCAGGGGCCUCGAACCGCCACCGGCAUCGUUGAGGCCGUCGUCGACAAGAUCACCAACCACGUCAAGCGCGUUUCCGACAAAGACCUCGACUCCUUCCUCGAGGGCGACAAGCCCAAGGCAAUCCUCUUCACCGAGAAAGGCACCACAAGCGCCUUGCUCCGCAGUGUCGCCAUUGACUUUCUCGACGCUGUCACGAUUGGCCAGGUUCGCAGUAAGGAGGCAAAAACGGUCGAGAAAUUCGGGGUCAAGUCAUUCCCCACCCUGGUGCUACUACCGGGUGGGAACAAGGAGCAUAUUGUCUAUGAUGGAGAACUAAAGAAGGAUGGGCUUGUGUCGUUUAUUUCCCAGGUCGCCUCGCCCAAUCCUGACCCCGCGCCCAAGGGCGACAAGAAGAAGGGCGACAAGAAGGCCGAGAAGAAGUCUGAGAAGAAGAGCAAGUCCGCAUCCAACAAGUCGAGCACCAGUACCGCUACCGAGCAGGAGGCCAUCCCCGAGCCCGAGGCCGCCACCGAAACCCCGUCUACUGAGCAGGCCGCUCCUGUCCUUAACAUCAUCCCUCCACUGCCCAUUGCCACCACGCCCGAGAAGCUCCUGGAGGAAUGCCUCAACACGAAGUCCCACACCUGCGUCCUAGCUUUCGUGCCAUCAAAGGAAAACGAGAAGGCCGACAAAGCGCUCACCAGUCUGUCGGAGAUCGCCCAUAAGCACGGCCAGGCCAAGCGCAAGCUGUUCCCCUUCUUCUCUGUUCCUGAUGAGAACCCAGCUGCAGCCACUAUUACAAAGGGCCUUGGUCUAACUAGUGAGGUUGAAAUUAUCGCCGUCAACGCCCGCCGGAACUGGUGGAGACAGUACGAGGGUGACUUCGAUGCAACCAGCGUCGAGAGCUGGAUCGAUGCUAUCCGUCUAGGUGAGGGUGCGAAGAAGAAGCUCCCUGAAGGCUUGGUAGCCGAGGAGGUCGAGGCAGCGUCCCCAGAGAGCAGCACAGCCGCCUCCACCGCAGCCACAGAUCCUACUCCCGAGCCCGAGACGGAGGCGCCCGAAGAGAAGCCAUCGGAAGCCCCCGCGCCGCAUGAUGAGCUGUAA